AUGGAAUCACUGACAAAGAGCCAUCUGUUAGAAUGGCGUCCAAAUGCUGUACAAGAGAUAAGAAAAAUAUAUAAUCUAGACAUGCCAGGGAGAAUUGAAGAAGCAAUAAACAUUUUGGAAAAAUGGGUUGAAAAACAAGAUCAUUUUGUUAAGAAAGAUUUCAAAAGGGACUAUUUGGAAAGAACUUUAAUAGUGUGUAAAGGCUCCGUGGAAAAAUCUAAGAAGCAGAUAGAUAAGCUAUGCACCCUGAAGACGCUCUUGCCACAUUUCUUCACGAAGACCAACGUAAAGUCGGAGUUGAGGGACAUCUUGAAUCUAGGAUGCAUGGUCCCGAUGCCAGUUAUGACAGAAGACUUCAGCAGAGUAAUUAUUCUGAGGAACAGCGACGAAAACCUUAAAGAAGAAAAUAUAACAGAGUUUUUCCAGUUCAAUAUGAUUCUCUCUGAAUAUUUAAAAGCAAAUGAGUACACAAAUGGAAUAAUAGUUGUAUUCGAUUUUCGACAAGUCAACAUAAUUAACUUGAUAACAAAAAUCAACACAGUGGAAUUACAACAAUUCUCAUCAAUACUUAUUGAAGGAUACGGUGUCAGAGUAAAAGGAAUACAUGUGUUAACACCCUCAAAAGCUGUAGAACUGCUAGUCAAAUUAAUGAAACAAUUUGUCAGUGAAAAGAUAUCAAGCAGGAUUCACGUGCAUAAUACUAUGGAAGAAAUAUAUGAAUAUAUACCAAGGGAGUUGCUACCAUUUGACUAUGGUGGAAACCAGAAAUCCUUUGAUAAAUUAAGCUUGGAAUGGGUCGAUGAACUCAGUGGCGAUAAACACGUUGAAUACAUGAAGAUGAUGAACAAAGCCUGUACAAAUGAAAGUUUAAGGAGCAAAGAUACAUUUAACCAAGAAUAUAUGGGAAUGCCCGGUUCCUUUAGAAAUUUAAGUGUGGAUUGA